CAGGAUCUGUCACUCACCAGGUUUUUUGACAACAGUUCUGAUCACACACACACACACAGAACACCCUGGACUGUUAAAGAAACAGGAUUUGUUGUGUGUUUGUGACUAGAUACGCUACACUAGAUUUUGGACCAGGGCUUCAGGACUUUGACAGGUUUAAACUCAGUGGUGCAGAGUUUAGCUGGUUUGAGAUGACAGACACAUCAGGGCAUGGUUUUGAGGAGGAGCCUCUAAAGGGCGAAGAGGCAGAAGAGGACGUGUCUAAGGAGAAAAGCUGUGCGGGGAAGCUGGGUUUAUCACACCUGACAGGAUGGCGCACAGCUAUCUUUCUUCUCUCUCUGUUCCUGUGUUUGGCCGUCGUCUUCGCCUUCUCAUUCAUCCUCCCGUGCCCCGUGCGGCCAAAAUACGAACCCACCUGGAACAGCACGAUAGGCGGCGCAGCCACGUAUGAUUUCCUGUUUGUUGAGGAUGUCAGUAAAGACAAAGUCUUGGAUAUCUUCUUCAUGUAUAAAGGUUCUGAAGCCAGUCGCAACACAUGCAUGAGUGAAGAUUUAUCCCCUCCAUGUCUGGUUUUGAUGGCUGUGGACGGGACUGAUGGGAAGACACUUUGGACACGGCCUUUAGCGCCUGAAUUUCAUUGGGUGGAGUGUGGAGUGAAGGGAACUGUAUGUCUUGUGGCUCAUGCGAACAAUCUGACAGCGAUCGAUAAAUGCAAUGGUUCGAUCAUGUGGCAACAGCCGUUGUCGACUGUGAAGAAUGCAAAUCUUCCUUUGAUCAGCGUUCCGGAUCUUAACGGAGAUGGAGUUGAAGACUUUGCCUUGCUGUCCUACAAUCCUAAAGUACCAUCACUCACUCCCAUACCGACCGAGCUGCUGUUUUUCUCGGGUAAGUCAGGUGAACAGAUUGGCUCAACGGUGGAAAUCGAUACAAAUGGAGUAUUUGCUCAUCUGCAGUUUUACACGUCCGACGAAGCUCCAUACCUGCUCGUACUCACAGACUCCGGGCUGUAUGCGCUGAGCUUGCAACGUUUGGCGGCUCGAGCUAAAGCAGGUUGGGAAUCCAAGCUGAAAAAAGACAAAAGCUGGGAGAAGAAAGCUAACCCCCAUACUGGAUUCAUCCCUCUUUAUCUGUCGGAUUCUCUGAAGGGUGUGCAGGUUGUUAAUGUUGAGCCUGCCGCAUCGCUGCUGAUCCAGACGGGAUCAAACGUGUCACUGCUACACACAGACAAUCUGCAGAUCGCAUGGACCACCAAUACCAGCAAUCUGCUCAGUGUACCAACAUUUGGCCAAUUUGACAAAGAUCGAAUAGUAGACAUCAUGAUGGAGGAAGAUCUCGGCAAUGAAACCAAAAGAGUGAUGGUUCUCAGUGGUCGCACUGGUGAAGUCCUGUGGGAGAUCAAUAUGUUAUCCCGGACACCGAAUCCUCAUCCGGCAUCUGUGCUCACGCUAAACUCAUUCUCUGUGUUCAUGCUGUGGGGAAACAGUUACAGCGACCAAUCCAUGCAUUCAUCGUUUCUGCUGCAUCCUCUUCAUUCCCAAGUUCUCCUUGAAAGAAAAAAUACAGCACAGAACAUCGUCUCCUUUAAAGCAACUCUGUUAGAGCGAGGGCGUCACGCCUGUUACCUCGUCCUUACUGGACCGGAUGGACACCUGCACACAGAACCAAGCGGGAUGGAGUCUGUGAUUCUUACUAAACGCAAGAUCAAGGAUGACGUAUCGGAGAGUGAAGCUUUCAGCGUAGUACCUGAUGAACCGGUCUCACAAUACACUGAAGAUUCUGUGAAAGAGGCAUUUUACAGACUCCGCUUCAGUGAAGCCCUCUAUUGAAACACAAAGUAUAUAAUAUGUAGUUACACACUAACAUCCCCAAAAAAGAAACACUAGUAGCUGUAUGUAGGACUUGCACUAAGUCUCUGUUUCAAUACAGAGUCUUGACAGUUUUACUUGAAAUAUCUGGAAGCAUGUCUCACAUCCUUUAUGCUGUGCAUCUAAGUUGAAUUAUGCUGUUUAACAUCAUGACAAUCAUAAACUACUGUACUGAAACAAAGCAUUUCAGACAUCUAGAUAAAGUCAGGUGAUGCAUUUAUAUUCACAAUUACUAGGGUUUGUGAACAUCAUGAUGCAACGGCUCGGACACAUUUCACCCCAAAUCAAGAGGAUAAACCUAACACUAUAGAAAUGAGGCUUGUGUUGUUUUCCUUUGUAGUGUAUUAAUAAUAUUUUUCCCCAAACACUAUUGUGUUGUGUUGUAGUGGAGUGACGACUUUAUGAAUGCUUAAGAUUUAUGCUAAAUAUCUGCUUUGUGUUUCUCAUACACACAAAGCAUUCAGCUGCCUACACUUAUAUCACAAAAUAAGGCACAGUCGUGUGUGUCUGUUUAGACAAGAUGGAGACGUGGUGUCCUAUUAAGGGGUUUAUUUAUUGUCAAGUUAAGGUGUGUUGUAAAUGUCUUUCUGUUGUUUUUUCUUUAUUAUAUUUCCUAAAUUUUUAGGCACUUAAGACUAAAAUCUCAGACUUGUUUGGGAUUAUCAUCACAUUGCUGUACAUUUAGUGCCUUCAAUCAACCUGAAAAUCACUAGAGAUGCUGUUACAAGUUUGCUAAUAAUGUGCAAGUUAUAUCUGUCUGUCUUUCUGUCUGGCUGCUGUUUUAUAUACAUAAUGUGGAUUUAGUUUUAAAGUGGGGCUGCUUACAUUUCUUUGAAUCGAUGAUGAAUGAUUUUCACUUUAUAUAGCAAAAUCAACGCAAUAUGUCUUCAGCUUACUAUGCAUCCUCACAUAAUGUCUUCGUAUUGGUGGGUCAUUAGAUGCCUAGAGAGCAAAGAAAGAUCAGCUGUACCAAAACCAUAUGCCUUUGAAUACAAAAAAGCCAAAUUUAAAGAAUAACACUGUGCAGUUGAAGAUGUUCAUGAUGAAAAUAAAUUAUAGACAUUUAUGCUUGUAGAUAUAAAUGGAGUGAGAUUAUUAUUAUUGAUUGAUUGGUUGAUUUAGGUACACGGGUUUUGUAAACCUGUAGAUCAGGUCUUACAUUUUGUUAUUUUCAUUUUUUGAGAAUGUUCUAUCAUUGUUAAAAUCUGAAAUAAAUGUCAUGUGCUCAA